GAUGUGUGGAAGCAUUGUGUACUCGGUGAGUCUGGACACAGAGACACUUUCUCGUCUGGUUUCUUACUGAAAUAAGGACUUCGGGUUAUCGCCUCACAGGUUGUACCCAGCUGGGAGAUGUUUGCCACAGCCACCAGAAACUUUGUGGAGGAGGUUGAUCAUGGAGGUCUGCUGAUCCCGGUGUCCAGCCUGAAUGACACUAUUGCUGUUCUGACAGUAGUGGUGAAACGCAAGCGUUUCUGGUUCUGGCAGAAGCCCAAAUAUAUUCCCACUGAUUUUACCCUCAAUGAUAUACUAACAGGAGACACACCUAUAAAGCCAGGUAUCAUAGAGACAGACUUCAUUAAAUACAAUGGGACAUACGGUGACAACAUUCAGGGAAACGUGGACGCAAGUUUCGUCCUCUCCGGUGUGAGUGUGCAGGGUAAAGACUCUUCCAAACUCCAGUCAAGCUUUGGCAGUUUGAAGAAAGAGGAAGUGGACGUGCAGAAGCUGCUGCGAGAUUCCAAAGACAGGUUCCUGGACAUGUCCCAUAGUCUGGUCCAGCAGACAAAGGAGAAGCACAGACAGUCGUUCGGGAUUGUGAAGGAGCGUAUUGUGACCGUGCAGCCCUGUUCAGUCAUAGAGGAGGUGCAGCAGGGAGGAGAGUGUGGGGGAAGACUGAGCUUCUGUGGGCCCAAGAACCCAAAGGUUUCACUGAAGGAGAAUGGGAGCUUGAGUAAAGACAGCAACGUUACCAUGGAGAUUCCCAUCCAUUCUACCAUUGCCUACGCCCUUAUAGAGUUAGAGAUCAAACACGAUGGACGCUAUGAGCUGUGUCUGAUGUCAGACACCACUGGAGGUUUUGAAGUAGAUGGUCCUUCUCUGAAAAGACUGUUGGGUGUCUCAGGGGCUUCUGCGGAAGCCUCUGAAAAUAGCUGCCUUAGAGAAGAGCUGGAGCGACUGAGUGAUCAUUUCCAGCUGCUUUCUGCUCUCCCUGUCAACACAAGGUCCUCUCUGCUCCAGCAAAUGACAAAGGUUAUGGAGGACCAAGGGGCCAUCAGUUCACUUCAGAGUGUGUUGGACCAGAUGUGCCUGGGUGAGAGACCGGACCUGGGCAAUGUUGCAACAACAGAGUCUCAAAAAGAGAACAUCCAAGCAAUUCUGGACCUUUUGGACCAGCCUGGUCAGAGGGAGUCAGCUGAGGCAGGCCAGUCCACAUCAGUGCUCACAGCCCUGCACCUCAUUGCCAGCGCCAUCGAUGAGAUGACAAAUGAAUGUCUUGCCAUCUUGGGGAUGUGCUGCAGCCUCGCAAUGUUGCAGCCUCUAGAGAUACUGGUGCAGUGCAUGUCAGGGAAGGGAGAGAUGCCUCUGAGCAGCGCAGGUCUGGCUGCGAUGACAGAAGACAUGUAUAAAAAGACUGAACAUCUGUUUGCCUCCUCUAAUGUGUCUCUGAAGAGAAACGGGGACACGGUGAAGACAGAAAUAAACCACCGGCCAGGAACUCUUCCUCUGGUCCUGUGUAUUGCUGUUAGAGGUCUCGCCUCAUUGGCUCACUGUGUUUGAAAUGAAGACGCCUUUACAGCCACCACAAACGUUAGCCACCGCACUGGGAUGAGGUAAAGAGCAUCACAUUAUAUUCAUGUUAUUUACCUAUCAGUGUUUUUUGCUCUUUUUUUUGGUGAAAGUUGAAUUGUCCUCCGAAACACAUUUUACUGUAGUCAAUCAAAAUAUAAUCGUCAACCGAAUAAUUGGAAAUUAUGAAUUUGAAGACACAAUUUGCACUGGUUUCUCAUUUUAUAGAAAUAACUAUUUAUUGAUUAGAAUUGUAAAAUGACCAAUUUUGAGUCUAGCUCUAGAUUAUACCAGAAAGUAAUCCACACCUUCGAGACAAUCAAAACCUAGAAUUUUCAGUGGCCAUGUUAUGAUAAAGAAUCAACAUUAGCUGCAGAUCUGGAAUAUUUAACUAUUACAUGGUCCCAACUGAAUUCAGAUUCAGACAUGUACAAAGUCCUUGAUGACGGAAUUUUUCUAGAAUUUACAAUUUUAAGACUGUACCUCCUGAUGGCAUCAGCACCAGUAUACAGGCUAGUUGAAUAUGCUAUAAUAUUCAGAUUUCAGUCUCUGAAUGAAAAUGAAAGAAAGUAGUUCAACAACAGGGGACCACGAUAAACUUGGUAUGCUGGACGUUGCACGUGCACAUUGUCCUGUCAUUUAUGUAUUUGUCCUCACACCUUUUCUACAUUGUUAGUCUGCCUUGUAAGCAUGUUUGGGUGGUAUGAAGUAGUAGCAGUUUCAUUCACAGUUUGUUUACGUUUAGGAAAAUACCAUGGUUUGGGUUAAAAUAGUGGGUUAACACUGACCUUGAUGAACAUUAAGUCAAUGCAUUAUGGCACUUUUUAGUUGUACGUAUUUUCCAGUGUAACAUGAUGGUCAAUUUGAGAUUUAGCAGUCAGACAAAAGUGAUUUGAAAUGCACAUGUCAGUAAACAGCUUUUAGGUUACAGUUUUGUUAUCUAAAACAUGAGAUGACUCCAUGCGGGCUGAUCAGGCAAAAAAACACUGUGACGCAGGAUUUAAAGCAACGCCCCUAAAGUCCCUCAUUGACAUGCCCUGAUUUUGGGUUAUGCCACUAGACAUGAAUGUUCCUGUGUCUGAAAGAAGCAUCACAAUACUGUCUUCUCAUGGAAUUACAUUUUAUAUACAGCAACAUUUGUAUCAAACUGCCUAAUCUGUCAGUAUCAUGAAAACUUCAAAUCCCCUCACGUUUUAAAACAUACACUAAUGGAUUAUUUUACAUGUAUGUAUGGUCAGAGGUAAUUUCUCGGCCCUGGAGGUCCACCGCAGCUCUCAAACUUUGACAUAUCUUGUACUUUUCACUUUGUGGCUUUCUACUGUUUGUAAUAACUUUAAUAACUUCAUUGUUUUUCACUAUUAAAUAUUGUUAU